GAGCCAGCCGCCUUCCGCGGUCUGCUCGCCAUUCUUACUUCCUUUCUCGCGGUAAAUCUAAAUUUCACUCCAUUCUUCCUCACAAUGGGUGAUCAAGAUGUGCGCCCAUCUGAAGCUACUCCGCUCUUGCGAGAAGACUCAAGCCGGGAAAGCACGCAAGACCGAAGCGUGGCCACCGAAGAUGUCGAAGCAGGCCCUUCGAGUUUGGAUGAAAUCAACGAGGUGACUUCUCUCGGUCUCACUCAAGUCACUUCGCCCUCUGGUCUGGAAAUCGAACCAAACCUAGAGAGAUUGGUGUCGAAUACAUCUACCAAUAUCGCCUGCGAGCACGAAGACGACAGCUACGCGGCACGCUUCAUUGAAGUAUCUCCCACGAAAUUUUGGCUCAUCUUUUCUGGCGUAAUGAUGGGCUAUCUCAUCGGCUUUUUCGACUCGACUCUCAUGGCCUCCAGUCAUCCUGUCAUCACCUCGUAUUUUCAUGCAGCCAAUGCUGCAUCAUGGCUGUCGACUGCAUUCCUGCUCACAUCCACAGCUUUCUUGCCUCUAUUCGGGCGCAUUUCUGAUGCAUUUGGCCGCAAGCCGGUUUACCUCUUCUCCAUAGUCAUGUUUUUCCUCACAACGGCAUGGUGUGGUCUCGCCCAGAGCAUCGGUAGCUUUAUCGCUGCCCGGGCGCUGUGCGGAAUGGGUGCGGGUGGUGUUUUCUCGAUGGGGCAGAUCGUGUCUAGUGAUCUGGUGCGCAUCGAGUAUCGCGGGGUCUAUCAGUCAUAUAUUAACCUCUGCCUUGGCAUUGGCAGUUGCUUGGGCCUUGCGUUCGGUGGUCUUCUUUGCGAUCAGAUUGGUUGGAGAGGCGCUUUCCUCAUUCAGCUGCCCUUUAUCUUUAUCCUGUUCGUCACUGCAUGCAGCACGAUCCCGCCGGGCCUUGGAGUAAAACGGGUAGGGUCUGAACGACUGGGUGUCUUGCGUCUGGUUCGAAGUGUGGACUUGACUGGCUCACUGAUUCUGAUUUUAGCGGUCACGGCCUUGAUCAUGGGGUUAAAUUUGGGUGGUAAUAUCUUCCCCUGGACUCACCCUCUGGUCAUCGGCUCCCUGAUCGCAUCGGUCAUUCUGUCGAUUGUGCUCGUGCGAUACGAGAGAACUGUCCCUCGGGCUGUUUUGCCAAUUGAUCUGCUUUCGAAGAAUCCUCGCGCCAGCAUCGUCUUUGGCAACUUUUUUGGGGCCAUGUCUGUCAACACGAUGAUGUUCAACGCCCCAUUGUAUUUCCAGGCUGUGAAACUCCUCAGUCCGACUGACUCCGGCUUGCGGCUUGUGGCAGCUUCAAUUGCUGUUACUGCAUCUAGUGUCGGAACCGGAUUCCUGAUCACCUGGUCUAAACGCCUGAAGCCCACGAUCAUCAUCGGUGGGGUGUCUAUGCUUCUUGGAGGAUGUGCCGCAGCCACAAUGGGCGUGCACACAGCUCCGGCCCUUGCAAUGUUCUGUGUCUCCUUCUCAAGUCUCGGGCAAGGCUUCUCGUUCCCUACUUUGAUGGUUUCGAUUCUCGCCACAAGUGAACAGGAUGAUCAAGCCGUGGCCACUACGACCCUAGGUCUUGCCCGUAAUCUGGGUUCCGUGAUGGGUGUGGCUAUCAGCAGUUGGAUCUUCCAAAACUCGCUGCUCUAUCAGCUUGACCAGAAAGUGACUGGUGCUGAGAAAGGGCACAUUAUCGGUCUUGUUCGCAAGUCGAUUCGUGCUAUCGGUGAUCUCGAUUAUGUUCACCGACAAGAAGUUAUCGGGGCGUAUGCUACGGCACUUCGUGUCACGUUCAUGUCAGCGGCUGUCUGGGGUGCGAUCAUGUUGAUAUUUCACUCUCGCCUUCAAUUACCCCGCCUAGGGAGUAAACCUCGCAUGAAGUGA